GGCUUUUCUUCAGAAUCUUCUGGGCUUCACUGAAUAGCAAGAAGUCAAAUGGAUCUGAGCGAGUACUUCAACAGGAUUGGGUUUAAGGGCCAAUAUGACAAAGCCGACCUUGAAACUUUAUUCACCAUCCACAAGCUGCAUGUUUUGAAUAUUCCAUUCGAAAACCUCAGCAUCCACUGUGGGGAGAAGAACACUAUGGACCUGUCAAUCAUCUAUAAUAAAAUUGUGAAGAGCAAUCGAGGUGGCUGGUGUUGUGAAAACAACCUCUUGUUCUCAUGGGUCUUACGAGAGAUGGGUUACAAAUACACAACACUUGGCUCCAAGGUGUUCAGCAAGUUCAAAAAUGAUUUCUACCCUGUAGAUUCUCAUCUCAUUAAUCUGGUGGAGAUUGAUGGAAAACCUUACAUUGCUGAUGUGAGCUACGGUGUGUCGUGUCAGAUGUGGUACCCUUUGGAGAUGAUUUCAGGUAAAGACCAACCACAGCCUCCUGGUGUUUUCCGUCUCCUAAAUGAUGGGAUGACGUGGGUGCUGGAGAAGUCUGGAAGAAAGCAGCUUGUCAAAGAUAAAGCCUUUGCUAAUUCUACUCUUAUUGACCACCGUCUGACGAAAACGAUGUAUCGCUUCACAUUGACACCACGUGGGGCGGAUCACUUCCUGGAGACAUCAGAGUCCCUGCAGACGAGUGCAGACUCUCGGUUUGUACUCAAAUCCAUUUGUUCCCUGCAGACACCUACAGGCUUUAAGGCUCUGAUUGGCUGGACUUUCAGUGAGAUCACAUUCAACCCACAGGAGGACUUUGACUUGGUGGACAUGAAGGAAAUUCCAGACUGUGAGAUAGAAGCUUUGCUGAAGGAAAAGUUUAAUCUGGUGUUAGUUAACAAGUUCACACCUAAAAACAACAAAGCUAAUUAUUGCAUGUAAUAGAUAAAACAUUUGUGCUACAAGGGUAUGAGUGCUUAUUUAAUCUCUAAUGAAAAACAAACAUAUGCACCUAUAAAUACAAUUUAAUCUUUGCCACUCCUUCAAUAAUUUUAUAAGAAUAACCCUGGAGAACCCACAGGGUCACAUUUGGCCUCUGUUAAUGGCUGUUUCCUAAAAGGGUUCUCCAGGGUUAAAAAAAGAAAUGCAUAAUAAACAUAAAAAUGGAUAAUUAGUCAAACAAAUAAAUGCACAUGAACUUUACAUAGCUACACAUAAUAAUAUUUUAUAUUACGAGACACUUGAAGACUAGGGGUCCUAUUUUAACGAUCUGAAACGCGUAAGCACA